UUAAGAAAGGAUGAUGUGAUAUUGAAUUUCGGUCUAUUGUUUCUUCACGAUAAUAUAAAUAUAAUUAUUAUUAAUCGUAUUUCAAUUCUUAAAUUUUUAUAAUAAUUAUAAAUAUGACCUCGGCAAUAGAGUCCAUGGUAGUUGACGAAAAACAAUUACCAGAGAAACCCAUAGACAGAGAAAAAACAUGUCCACUUUUACUCCGGGUAUUCUGUAAUACAGGACGACAUCACAAUAUAAUGGAAUAUAGUAGGGGAAAUGUCCCCUCGAAUGAAUUACAAAUAUAUACAUGGAUGGACGCAACCUUACGAGAGAUUACAGGUUUAGUUAAAGAAGUAAAUCCAGAUGCUAGAAGUAAAGGAACAUACUUUGAUUUUUCAUUAGUAACACCAGAAUUACGAAAUUCUGGAUAUCGCAUGAGAGAAAUCGGUGUUACUUGUUCAGGACAAAAGGGUGCAGAUGAUAAUAAAACACUUGCUCAAGCACGAUUUACAAUUGGUGAUUAUUUAGAUAUAUCAAUAACACCACCAAAUCGACAACCAGCAAUUAGGCGUGGUGCAUUACGCCAAUAUUAAUUUAAGUAACAAAGAUUUUAUUUUCUGGAACUUAUGUUAACAAUUUAUUAGUUUUCUAUUAAUAAACAAUAUAUAAUAUUGAAA